CUUCCUUUGUGGGGAGUCCGGCCUGCUGUGCUUUCCUGCGUAGUCGUCGAUCUGUUGGGCAUUUCGAUGAACAGUGCCCGGUGAAACUGGGGUGCAAGUAGACAGUGCGGUAGACCUUAAGCGAUCGCUGCUGCCGCUCUCCAUGUGGUUGGGCUCGGAAACAGACCGUUGCGCGGGUUUGCGUUGCCAUGGCAACACAUCUCCUGCGUGUCCGAGCCCUGAGCCGGGUCGCUGCCCGCGGGCCCCUCGCUCAGCCCAGGCUGGUGCUGGGCAUAGAAACCAGCUGCGAUGACACUGCCGCGGCCGUCGUGGACGAAACAGGGAGAGUCUUAGGAGAAGCCUUACACUCCCAGAAAGAAACUCACCUGAAGGCAGGUGGAAUAAUUCCACCAGUCGCACAGAGGCUACACAGAGAGCACCUGGAUAGAGUGGUGCAGGAAGCUAUAGAUAAGAGUGGAGUCUCCCUCAAUGAACUAACAGCAAUAGCAACCACCAUAAAGCCAGGACUUGCGUUAAGCCUACAAGUGGGCUUAGAGUACAGCUUGAAAUUAAUAGAACAAUAUAAGAAACCUUUUAUUCCUAUUCAUCAUAUGGAGGCCCAUGCUCUGACCAUUAGAAUGCUACAGUCAGUGGAAUUCCCCUUCCUGGUCUUGUUGAUCUCUGGUGGUCACAGUUUGCUUGCCGUUGCUCGUGGAGUAGAUGACUUUCUUCUUCUCGGACAGACGAUGGACGAAGCCCCAGGAGACACAUUUGACAAGGUGGCAAGAAGACUGUCACUGAGAAAUCACCCAGCGUGCUGCACCAUGAGCGGGGGUGAAGCCAUUGAAUACUUGGCCAGAAGUGGGAAUCGAUUGCAUAUUGAAUUAACACAACCUAUGAGGCAUCACUUAGACUGUGACUUUUCCUUCUCUGGUCUGCGCAAUCAUGUCAAUCAAAUAAUUACAAAAAAGGAAAAGGAAGAAGCAGGUAUCCAGAAUGGGCAGCUGCUCUCGUGUGCGAAUGACAUUGCUGCUGCUGUACAACAUACAGUGGCAGUUCACUUGGCGAAGCGUACACAUCGAGCCGUUCUCUUCUGUAAGAUGGAAGACCUCUUGCCUCAAUCAAACCCAACCUUGGUGGUGUCAGGUGGAGUGGCCAGCAAUAAAUACAUCAUAAAAAUUCUGCAGAUAGUAGCUGAAGCAUAUGGGUUCUCACUGAAUUGUCCUCCUCCUAAACUCUGCACAGACAAUGGCAUCAUGAUUGCAUGGAAUGGUAUUGAGAGACUUAGAGCAGGAAUUGGUGUUCUGCAGAAUCCAAAAGCAAUUCGUUAUGAGCCAAAAGCCCCUCUCGGAAUUAGCUUAUCAGAACAAGUCAAGAAAGCAGCAUUGAAGGUCCCUCGUCUGAAACUGAAGAUAUAAUUAAUAAAAUGGGACUCCACUGGGUGGUCGGCUUUUUAAGAAUUAAUUCUAAUAAGCCUGAUUUUUCAAUGAAAUGUGUACAAAUUAGAUGAUGCCAAUUAUAACUUGCUAUAUUAAAAUGUGUACAGUAUAUUUGAAAUGAUAAACAUCAAAUGAGUUGAAUUGAAUGACUGGGUGAAUUUCUGUUCUGAAGGAAUCUUGCAAAGUUACCACCAUUCAAAAGGAUCAAUGACACCAAUCAAAAUCAGAAAAUGUAUGAUCUUUCCAUGUUUUAAUAAAGUAUUUUAAUGCCUUUUUUUAUUGGAUUAUAUAAAUCCAUUAAUUUGAUAUGUUAGAUUGAGUCUUGAUCUUUCUGGAUUUAUGAAUCCAAACUAUAUUGAGAAGAACAUUACUCAUUCAGAAAUCAGAAAAA